AUGUCGAUACAAUUCCAACACCCGUUCCAAGAAUCCCAGUUCGAUAUCUUCGACUGGUAUCCCAAGUUUCAGUCCUGCCAACGCUAUUUCCUCGAUCACGCUCAGUUCAGUGGCCCGGUUCAAGCCGUAGGCGCUCUUGUGAACAUCCUAUUGCCAUUUCAAAAACCCUCUCCGCCUUCUCCUACGCCUACUCGCUCCGCUCCUCCGCCAGCCACCUCCGCUCGAGCGACGGGAGCUGUCCCUGGCCCUCAAGUUAGCCUGGUUCCCUAUAUUCGCCGUCUCGUCGUUACUGGCUUCGACUCCCCUGCCGUCCUUCAUGGGUUCUUCGGAGAUGACUGGCUUCAAGGUAUCGGCGCUGUGCACGAGACCGAGCGCAGGAACUUCCUGUUCGCAGCAAAGAGCGACAGCUGGCUGGGAGUCAAGUCACAUUACGACAUGGCCGACGGUCAAACCGUUCCGUUCCUGCGACCCCUUCAACACGUCACUGAGGAGGAGAUCCGAGGCGCAGAGUCGAACUGGAGCGAGUGGUUAGCCAUGCAAGAUUGGAUGUUGGGCCCUCGGGCUCCUCAUGACGUUAGCGAGGGUCGUGUGAGGGUGAAGAGUGAACGUGAUUAA